GGGUUGAAUUGUUUUCGCUUAAAGUUGUCGGUUUUACAAUGAAUUAAAUAUGGAAAAGAUUUAGUAUAUUGUGACCUUCAGUGUCACUGACAAUCGGGCAGAUUGUUUACAUUUGCGUAAAUAAACAUUUAAGGUUGGGAGAAAAUGACAUUAAACAAACUAUCUGUUGCUUGUUGUGCUGUUCAACAGACAGCAAGAUAUGUUGCUGCACGAUCAUACGCCACUGCAUCAACAUCCUCAUUUAAGGCUAAAGAUGUUGAAAUUACAAGAACAAAAUCUCCAGCUGCAAAGCCAGAUGUGUCCAAGUUGAAAUUUGGCCACCACUUUUCAGACCACAUGCUAGAAGUUGACUGGUCUGAAUCUAAAGGAUGGGAAAAGCCACGCAUUUGUCCAAUGAAGAAUUUCCAGAUUCACCCAGCAGCAAAGUGUCUGCAUUAUGCAGUAGAGUUGUUCGAGGGAAUGAAGGCUUUCCGUGGUGUUGACAAUCGGAUUCGAUUGUUCCGACCAAUGGAAAACAUGAAGAGAAUGCUGACCAGCGCUGAGCGAUCUGCUCUGCCAACUUUUGAAGGACGGGAGCUGGUGGAGUUGAUAAAGAAGCUGAUCUCGAUAGAUGUCGACUGGGUCCCCAAGGCAUCUAAGGAGCAACCCAGCUCUCUCUAUGUUCGACCUACCUAUAUUGCAACGGAACCUACCUUGGGUGUAGCAAUUUCAACGACUGCCAAACUGUUUGUUAUUAUUGGGCCUGUGGGCCCGUACUAUGCCACGGGUUUGGCCCCUGUGAAGCUACUGGCUGACCCCCAAUACGUGAGGUCCUGGCCUGGAGGCAGUGGGGGCUUCAAGAUGGGCUGUAAUUAUGCGCCAACAUUGUACACGCAGACCAAAGCUGCAAGUCAUGGUUGCCAGCAGGUGCUUUGGUUGUUCGGAGAUGACCAUCAGCUUACAGAGGUUGGAGCCAUGAACCUGUUCACCUUCUGGGUCAACGAACAUGGAGAAAAGGAGUUAGUGACUGCUCCCCUAGACGGGCUUGUAUUGCCAGGAGUCACGCGGAAAAGUCUCUUAGAGCUCAGUAAAAAAUGGGGAGAAUUUAAAGUGACUGAGAGAAAAUACACGAUGAAGGAGGUCACCAAAGCACUCAAUGAAAAUAGGCUCCUCGAAAUGUUUGGUGCUGGGACAGCAUGCGUUGUGAGUCCAAUAGACGGAUUGGUCUACAAGAAUGAAAUGCUGAAGAUACCAACCAUGAACAAUCCGGCAGUGACCAAUAGAUGCAUGAAAGAGCUCCUUGAUAUACAGUAUGGCAGGACGCCAAGUGACUGGGUGGAGCUUGUAGAGUGAGGCAGAUAAUAGCUAGGCAUUCCAAGAGGGCUUGCAGAAAUAGUUUGAUUGUGUUGAUUUACAUGUAAUUACCAAAAUCUUUGUGAUAGAAGUAUUAAAUUCGUUUGCUGGUAUUGAAACUUAAAUGUGUUUUUCUUUCUUGUAAAUAUGUUUUGCAGUUCCUUUUUCAUGAUUUUUACAUUUUUUUAUGUGAGAUUUUGAACAGUUUUUAUUCAUAUCACUUGGAUUUUGUGAAGGCACAAAUGCAAAUACCUGCAGUUGGUUAUGGUUCAUUUUUAAUUGUAUAAAUGAUGUCUAAAGCAAGUUCUAAAUGAUUAUUUUCUGAAAUUUUAACACAUCAAUACCCAUUAUUAUGCCCCCCCCCCCCCCCCCCCCCUUUGAAGAAGAGGGGGUAUAUUGCUUUGCUCAUGUCGGUCGGUCAGUCGGUAGGUCGGUCGGUCGGUCCACCAGGUGGUUGUCAGACGAUAAUUCAAGAACGCUUGGGCCUAGGAUCAUGAAACUUCAUAGGUACAUUGAUCAUGACUUGCAGAUGACCCCUAUUGAUUUUGAGGUCACUAGGUCAAAGGUCAAGGUCACGGUGACCCAAUAGUAAAAUGGUUUCCGGAUGAUAACUCAAGAACGCAUACGCCUAGGAUCAUGAAACUUCAUGGGUAGAUUGAUCAUGACUCGCAGAUGACCCCUAUUGAUUUUGAGGUCACUAGGUCAAAGGUCACGGUGACCCGAAAUAGUAAAAUGGUUUCCGGAUGAUAACUCAAGAACGCAUACGCCUAGGAUCAUGAAACUUCAUGGGUAGAUUGAUCAUGGCUCGCAGAUGACCUCUAUUGAUUUUGAGGUCACUAGGUCAAAGAUCAAGGUCAUGGUGACCCGAAAUAGUAAAAUGAUUUUCAGAUAAUUCAAGAACGCAUAUGCCUAGGAUCAUGAAACUUUAUAGGUAGAUUGAUCAUGACUCGCAGAUGACCCCUAUUGAUUUUCAGGUCACUAGGUCAAAGGUCAAGGUCACGGUGACCUGAAAUAGUAAAAUGAUUUUUCGGAUGAUAACUCAAGAACGCAUAUGUCUAGGAUCAUGAAACUUCAUAGGUAGAUUGAUCAUGACUCGCAGAUAACCCCUAUUGAUUUUGAGGUCACAAGGUUAAAGGUCAAGGUCACGAUGACCCAAAAUAGUAUAAUGAUUUUCGGAUGAUAACUAAAGAACGCUUUUGCCUAGGAUCAUGACACUUCAUAGGUACAUUGAUCGUGACUUGCAGAUGACCCCUAUUGAUUUUCAGGUCACUAGGUCAAAGGUCAAGGUCACAGUGUCAAAAGUCAUAUUCACACAAUGGCUGCCAGUACAACGGACAGCCCAUAUGGGGGGCAUGCAUGUUUUACAAACAGCCCUUGUUUUAACAUUUAGGUUUAUAUGUUUAAACCACUUGCCUAAAGGCCCUAGAAAUGGCUUGCACAUUGUUUUGGACUUUUUAGAAACCUUGUUGUUUUGUAUUUUGUUUAUAUUCAGAUUUGUCUUGUUAUAAGAAAUUCUUUUUCAGGAUUUAUGGUUUAUGAUACUUAACUAAUCUCGUUAUGCCAUACUGUUGUAUGUGUCGUUUAAAUCUCGUUUUUAUUUAUUCAUGUAUGUACGCAUGUACAUCAUAAAGCUUUUGUUAUGUCCCCCACUAUAGUAGUGGGGGACAUAUUGUUUUUGCCCUGUCUGUUGGUUGGUUGGUUGGUCUGUUGGUUUGCGCCAACUUUAACAUUUGCAAUAACUUUUGCAAUAUUGAAUAUAGCAACUUGAUAUUUGGCAUGCAUAUGUACCGGUAUCUCAUGGAGCUGCACAUUUUGAGUGGUGAAAGGUCAAGGUCAUCCUUCAAUGUCAAAGGUCAAAUAUAUGGGUCAAAAUCGCUCAUUUAAUGUACACUUGCAAUAUUUCAAUAUUCAAGAUAGCAACUUGACAUUUGGCAUGCAUGUGUAUCUCAUGGAGCUGCACAUUUUGAGUGGUGAAAGGUCAAGGUCAUCCUUCAUGGUCAAAUAUAUGGGUCAAAAUUGCUCAUGUAAUGUCACUUCUGCAAUAUUGAAGCUAGCAAUUUUAUAUUUGACAUGCAUGUGUAUCUCAUGGAGCUGCACAUUUUGAGUGGUGAAGGGUCAUCCUUCAAGGUCAAACGUCAUAUACGGGGACAUAGUGUUUCACAAACACAUCUUGUUUUUAACUUGUCUUUACAUACUGGGUAGAUCUCUCGAAAAAUAUGUAGUUCCACAAUUUUGUGCAUAUCAUUUCUGUAUCUGAAUGGCUAAGUUUUUGUUACCUUUAGACAUGUAACUUUUCAGUACGGAUUUUUUAAUGCUCCUGAAAUUAAAAUUGUGUUGUUGUUUUCUUAUGUAUAACCUUGUGUAAAAAUUGAAUGGAAUAACAUUCAAUUUAGAUUAAAAUAAAAGAAAAAUAACUCGUA